AUGUUAGAAUUGGGCACCUAUUCAGUCAGCGCUCAUACACUGCUGGACCACAAUGCACUGGGGGUCCCUCCGCUGGGCGUGGCUGUGGGCGGCGGUGCGCCCCGGCGCUAUGUCCUCCAGCCCCCGGACCCGGAGAGCUGGCACAAGCACCGCCUGGGCCUGGUGGAGGGCUCGCGCUCCUGCACCCUGCUGGAGCCCCGGGGCCUGCCGGAGAGCCCGGUGCUGCGCACGGCCAGCUUCGACACCCUGUACCGGCUGCGGGCCAAGCAGCCCCCCGUGGCCGUCACCUCCUCCAUGGAGGCGCUGGGGCUGGACCCCGACAUGCCCGUCAGCCCCCACGCCAUCCGGCGGCGGAGGGGAGGCCUCAUUGAGCAGCGCGACAUCGUCAGGGCCCACCAGGCGCACAAGAUGCAGAGCACCCCGCAGGCCCGGCGCAAAGAGUGGGAAAUGGCGCGAUUUGGAGACGACGUUCCCGGUUUGUUGGGAUCCGGGGAUGGGGGAUCCGAGCGCAACAGGAACCGCGAAGGACCGGCGGUAUCUACAGGUGGAGUUUCACCAGCGUUCAAACAGACCAAAGCCCAGAGAGCACGCACCAUGGCCCUGUACAACCCUAUCCCUGUAAGGCAAAACUGUUUCACCGUCAACAGAUCGCUCUUCAUUUUUGGAGAAGACAACAUUGUCAGGAAAUACGCAAAGAAGCUCAUAGAGUGGCCUCCGUUUGAGUACAUGAUCCUGGCCACCAUCAUCGCCAACUGCAUUGUCCUGGCCCUGGAGCAGCACCUUCCAGGAGACGACAAGACGCCCAUGUCUAAGAGACUGGAGAAAACAGAGCCCUACUUCAUUGGAAUCUUUUGCUUUGAAGCCGGGAUUAAAAUUGUGGCCCUGGGGUUUGCGUUCCAUAAGGGCUCUUACCUCAGGAUUGGCUGGAACAUCAUGGACUUCAUCGUGGUGCUCAGUGGGAUUUUGGCCACAGCCGAGUCUCAUAUGAACAUCCCAGUGGACCUGCGGACCCUACGGGCUGUACGAGUGCUCAGACCCCUCAAACUGGUCUCGGGGAUCCCCAGUCUGCAGAUCGUGCUGAAGUCCAUCAUGAAGGCGAUGGUGCCACUGCUGCAGAUCGGACUCCUCCUCUUCUUUGCCAUCCUCAUGUUCGCCAUUAUCGGUCUGGAGUUCUACAGUGGAAAGCUCCAUAAAAACUGCACGCCCAACACCACUGUAUACAUCCCUGAAUUUAAGUUUCCCUGUGGGUCAAGAAGCUGUCCUCCCAAUUACAACUGUAGCGAAAACUGGAUCGGACCGAAUGAUGGAAUCACCCAGUUCGACAACAUCCUUUUUGCCCUGCUGACUGUCUUCCAGUGCAUCACCAUGGAGGGCUGGACGACUGUGCUCUACAACACCAAUGAUGCCUUAGGCUCUACAUGGAACUGGCUAUACUUUAUCCCUCUUAUAAUUAUUGGGUCCUUUUUUGUGCUGAACCUGGUAUUAGGAGUCCUCUCAGGGGAGUUUGCCAAAGAGAGGGAGCGGGUGGAGAAUCGCAGGGCCUUCAUGAAGCUCCGGCGGCAGCAGCAGAUCGAGAGGGAGCUGAACGGAUACCGAGCCUGGAUAGAUCGCGCAGAGGAGGUGAUGCUGGCAGAAGAGAAUAAGAAUUCUGGACCAUCUGCACUGGAUGUGCUGAAGAGAGCAACCAUAAAGAGGAGCCGUCUGGACAUGAUCCGCCAUGGUCCUGGGGACGACCAGUACACUGACAUCUCCUCUGUGGGUGUCCCUUUGGCCAGGUCCAGCAUCAGAAGUGCCAGGAGAGGGCCCACCGCCUACCUCCGCCGCAAGGAGCGCAUGCUGCGUAUCUCUGUCCGCCGUAUGGUGAAGAGCCAGUCCUUCUACUGGACCGUGCUGGGCCUGGUGGCUCUCAACACGCUGUGCGUGGCCAUCGUGCACCACCACCAGCCCCCCUGGCUCUCCACCUUCCUCUACUAUGCAGAAUUCCUCUUUCUGGGUCUGUUUCUGGCUGAGAUGUUUUUGAAGAUGUAUGGCCUGGGACCCAGACUCUACUUCCACUCCUCCUUCAACUGCUUCGACUGUGGAGUGAUCGUGGGCAGCAUCUUCGAGGUGCUCUGGACCUUCUUCAGCCCCGGCAUGUCCUUCGGCAUCAGCGUCCUGCGGGCCCUGCGCCUGCUGCGCAUAUUCAAGAUCACCAAAUACUGGGCGUCCCUGAGGAACCUGGUGGUGUCUUUGAUGAACUCCAUGAAGUCGAUCAUCAGCCUGCUGUUCCUGCUGUUUCUCUUCAUCGUGGUCUUCGCUCUCCUGGGCAUGCAGCUCUUCGGCGGCAGGUUCAUCUUUGAAGAGCCAACUAACUUUGACACCUUUCCAGCAGCCAUAAUGACUGUCUUUCAGAUCCUGACUGGAGAGGACUGGAAUGAGGUGAUGUACAAUGGGAUUCGCUCCCAGGGUGGAGUGAAGUAUGGGAUGUGGUCCUCCAUCUACUUCAUCGUCCUCACUCUUGUCGGAAACUACACGUUGCUAAAUGUCUUCUUGGCCAUUGCUGUGGACAAUCUGGCUAAUGCUCAGGAACUUACCAAGGAUGAAGAGGAGGCAGAAGAGGCCUUCAAUCAGAAACACGCCUUGCAGAAAGCCAAGGAGGUCGGGCCCAUGUCUUCUCUGAUGUCAUCAGAGAGGCGGAGGAGGCCCUAUCUGUACAGGAAAAGAGCCAUACACAGGAGCCGGCCAGCUUACAUUGCGGAGACGGCCCUGGAGAACCUGGCAGAGAGAGCGAAUGAGCAGGCGCUGAAUGGCUCUAACUCUUUCAUGUCCAGGAGAGAGAGGAGAAGAAGGAUGACCAUGUCCGUGUGGGAGCAGAGGACCAGUCAGCUGCGCAGGCACCGGCAGAUGUCCAGCCGAGAGAUCCUCUUCAGCGCCCCCAACGAAGACCUGGAGCCCCCCUCCAGUUGCCUCCACCACCGCAAGCCCCCCCUCACCCCCACCGACAGCCUGCGGUGCCUCCCCGAACCCACAGAGGCCCUGACCGCGCCCCUCCCAGACCCCGCCGCGCCGCCAGACGCGCCUGCGCUCGCCCCGCCCGGAGACGCCCUCGCCCCCGAGCCCCCCCUGUCCGUGCCCCUGCCGGAGCCCCCGGAGUCCCAGCCCGCCCCGCCGCAGGGGUCAGAGGGCAAGCUGAGCGUCACCAACCACUGCCAGCCGCCGCUGGAGGGCCGGCGAAGCCCACGGCUGAACGGCGACCGGAGGCACCGCGUGGCCCGGAGGAUCCGACCCCAGCCCGGAGACACUCUGUCCCCGGACGCCGGCCUGCGGCCCAGGAGGCACCGGCACCGGGAGCCCCAGCCGGACGGCAGGAGCACGGACUCCCCGCAGAGCGAGGGAGGCGACUCCAUCGGCCAGGAGAGGAGGGCCGCGGAGGAGUGCGAGGAGGACGAGAGGAAGGCCAGGACAGAGGGAGAAUCCAGCCAAGCAGAGAGAGGAGAGGCUGAGGAGAGGUUGGAUGACUCUGAUUUCCCAGAAUUCUCUGGGGCUUCUGAGUCCAAACCCAUGCUGAGCCCCUCCCUUCAGCUGCUGAAGGGCGAGGCGGGGGAGAACCCAAAGGCAGAGCCAGCCACUCUCCAGCUCACAGAGGAACCAGCCCUGGAGCUCCCCAAAACUACCAAGGGCCUGGGGGAAGACGAAAACAACCCCGCCUCUCUGGUCACUGAGAAGUGUCCCCUCAACACCAGCAUAAUGAUCGAGGUGACAGGCGAUCAGUCGUCACUGGAGCUGACUCCUAUGACAGUGAACAGUAAGGAUGUAGAGGCUGCCAAGGCAGAUAAGGAAGAAGAAGAGGGACCCAGCCAAGCAAACACUGAGCCACCAGACAGCAUGUUCAUCUUUAGUGCCACCAACCCGAUGCGGAAGGCGUGUCACUAUGUGGUGAAUCUGCGUUACUUCGAGAUGACUAUCCUCCUAGUGAUAGCAGCCAGCAGCAUCGCCCUGGCUGCAGAGGAUCCUGUGGCCACCAACUCCUACUGGAACAAAGUUCUGCGUUACUUUGACUACGUGUUUACUGGGGUGUUUACCUUUGAAAUGAUAAUUAAGAUGAUUGACCAAGGCUUGAUCCUGCAUGAUGGCUCCUACUUUCGCGAUCUGUGGAACAUUCUGGACUUCAUUGUGGUGGUGGGAGCUCUGAUCGCCUUUGCCUUGACGAAUGUGAUGGGGAAUAACAAAGGUCGUGACAUCAAGACCAUAAAGUCCCUGCGUGUCCUUCGGGUCCUGCGCCCCCUCAAGACCAUAAAGAGACUCCCCAAACUUAAGGCAGUGUUCGACUGUGUGGUCACCUCACUCAAGAACGUCUUCAACAUCCUCAUUGUCUACAAGCUCUUCAUGUUCAUCUUUGCGGUCAUCGCUGUGCAGCUGUUUAAGGGGAAGUUCUACUACUGCUCCGAUGGAUCCAAGGACACGGAGAAGGAAUGCCAGGGCUACUAUAUUGACUAUGAGAAGAACAAGAAGGAAGUGAAAUUAAGGCAAUGGAAGAGGCAUGACUUUCACUACGACAACAUUGUUUGGGCCCUGCUCACCCUGUUCACUGUCUCUACUGGGGAGGGCUGGCCACAGGUCCUGCAGAACUCUGUGGACGUGACAGAGGAGGAUAGGGGUCCCAUUCGGGGGAACCGCAUGGAGAUGUCCAUCUUCUAUGUCAUCUACUUUGUGGUCUUUCCCUUCUUCUUCGUCAACAUCUUUGUGGCCCUCAUCAUCAUCACCUUCCAGGAACAGGGGGAUAAGAUGAUGGAGGAGUGCAGCUUGGAGAAGAACGAGAGAGCCUGCAUAGACUUUGCCAUCAGCGCCAAGCCCCUGACCCGCUACAUGCCGCAGAACAGACACACGUUUCAGUACCGGGUGUGGCACUUUGUGGUCUCUCCCUCCUUUGAGUACAGCGUGCUGGCCAUGAUCGCCCUCAACACUGUGGUCCUCAUGAUGAAGUACCACUCUGCCCCAGUAUCAUAUGAACUGGCCCUGAAGCACCUGAACACAGCCUUCACUGUGCUCUUCUCCCUGGAGUGCAUUCUCAAGAUCCUGGCCUUUGGCUUCCUGAACUACUUCCGCGACACCUGGAACAUAUUCGACUUCAUUACUGUUCUAGGGAGCAUCACUGAAAUUAUCGUUGACCUAUACACAACACAAUCCGCCUUCAACAUGAGCUUUCUGAAGCUGUUCCGAGCCGCCCGGCUCAUUAAGCUUCUGCGCCAGGGCUACACAAUCCGCAUCCUGCUUUGGACCUUCGUCCAGUCCUUCAAGGCGCUGCCUUACGUCUGUUUGCUCAUUGCCAUGCUGUUCUUCAUAUAUGCAAUCAUCGGGAUGCAGGUUUUUGGAAACAUCCAACUGCAGAAUGACAAGCCCAUUGACGCACACAACAACUUCAAGACCUUCUUCAGCGCCCUUAUGCUGCUCUUCAGGAGUGCCACUGGGGAGUCCUGGCAGGAGAUCAUGCUGGCCUGUUUGGGGGGGAAGAAGUGUGAGAAUGACACGUCCCUCGCUCCCAGCGCCCAUUCCGGCGAGUGUGGCACUGACUUCGCCUACGUCUACUUUGUCUCCUUCAUCUUCUUCAGCUCCUUUCUGAUGUUGAACCUCUUUGUGGCCGUGAUCAUGGACAACUUUGAGUACCUGACACGGGACUCUUCCAUCCUGGGCCCGCAUCACCUGGACGAGUUUGUGCGGAUUUGGGGGGAGUACGACCGUGCCGCUUGUGGAAGGAUUCAUUAUAAGGAGAUGUACAAAGUAGUGCGAACCAUUUCGCCUCCUCUGGGCUUUGGAAAGAACUGCCCCUACAGGGUGGCGUGCAAGCGGCUUGUGCUCAUGAAUAUGCCGGUGGAUGAGGAGAUGUCUGUCCACUUCACAUCAACCCUGAUGGCCCUGAUUAGAACUGCUCUGGAGGUCAAACUGGCCAGAGGAGGCGAUGACCGAGGCCAGCUGGACAUCGAGCUGCAGAAAGAGAUCAGUGUCAUCUGGCCCCAUCUCUCCCAGAAGUCCCUGGACCUGCUGGUCCCUGUACACAAAGCCAGUGACAUGACGAUCGGAAAGAUCUAUGCAGCCAUGAUGAUCAUGGACUACUACAAGCAGAACAAGGCCAAGAAGCUGAGGCAGCAGCUGGAGGAGCAGAAACACGCGCCGAUGUUCCAGCGCAUGGACGCAUCCUCCCUGCCCCAGGACAUCCUCUCCAGUGCCAAAGCUCUCCCCUUCCUGCCCCACAGCGCCGGAUCAGCCCUGACCAGAGGGGGCUUUGUGGCUCUCAGUCCCGUCUCACCUCAAGAGCUGUUCAUGCAGCCGAGGAUUCAAGACGUCAAGGAGGACAAGGAAGACUUCCACCACCUUCAUCAUCAUCAUCAGCACCACCACCACGAUAUGGUCCCGGAGCACAAAGAGUUUAACCGCAUCCUUUGCCCCACUAACAGGCAGGGCUCACCGCUCAAAGUGGCUUGGAGGGCAGAGUCUAUCCGAGCCUCCUCUAUGCCUCGGCUGACAGUAGAACCACAGGCGAUGGCCGAAAGCAGCUCAAUGAAGCGGUCCUUCUCCACUAUUGGUGACCAGUGUGUCAAUGGGCUUUGGCUAGACGAGUAUUCCCUAGAAAGGGUUAGCCCCGAUAGGCUGUACAGACCAAGGAGGCGGAGCUACAAGGGGUCCCGGGCGGACCACAGGCAGCAAGACGACAGGGAGCGGGGCCGGUCCAAGGAGCGGCGCCACCUGCUGUCCCCCGACGUGUCGCGCUGCAACUCGGAGGAGCGAAGCCAGCAUCAGUCACGGGAGCGCAAGCAGUCACGCUCCCCCAGCGAAGGCCGGACACGCACGGCACACAGACAGGCCAACAGUGGGAGCAGUCCGGUCCCCCCAGGCUCGGACUCCAGCACCCCCCGCAGGCGACAGCUGCCCCAGACUCCCUCGCGGCCGCGCCCACACAUCUCCUACUCCCCGCUGGUGUGCCGCGCUAACCCGUCCCCCGCGGACGGGCGGGGCACCCCACGGACUCAGGAGGAGGAGGAGGAGGAGGAGGAGGAAGGGGGCGUGGAGCCCUCGUGGGAGGAGGAAGGCACGGCAUCGGAGGCGGCGCAGGCGGGAGGGGGCAGCCGCCUCUCCACCCCGCACCGCUACAUCUCCGAGCCGUACCUGCCCCUCCGCGCGGAGCUCAACAGCCCUGACGCGGCCGGGCUGGAGGAGACACUCACCUUCGAGGCGGCCAUCGCCACCAGCCUGGGCCGCUCCAACACCGUGGGCUCCGCUCCCCCGCUGCGGCACAGCUGGCAGGUCCCCAACGGACACUUCCGCAAGCGCCUGGGCCCGUCCAGCUCUGUGCCCGCCUGCCAGCUCCUCAGCGACACGGACGAGGAUGACCGCUGUUAGGGGCAGGAGAGAGGGGGAGAGUCUGGAGCCGGGGAGCGAAGCUAAGCCAAGCUGUGUGUGUGUCUGUGUGCGUGUGCAUGUAUUUGUGUGUGUGUGUGUGUGUGUGUUUGUGUGUGUCUCUGUGCGUGUGCAUGUAUGUGUGUGUCUCUGUGCGUGUGCAUGCGUGUGCGUGUUUGUGUGUGUCUUUGUGCGUGUGCAUGUGUGUGUGUUUGUGUGUGUGUGCGUGUGUGUGUGGUGUUUAUGUGUGAGUGUGUGUGUGUGCAUGUGCUGGUGUGUGUGCGUGUGUGUGGUGUUUGUGUGUGCGUGUGUGCAUGUGCUGGUGUGUGUGUGUGUGUGUGUCUGUGGUGUGUAUGUGUGCAUGUGUGUGUGUGUGCGUGCGUGUGCGUGCGUACGGGCUGCAGGGAUCCAGCUAUCCACAUCUCAGCUCCCGUGCCCCACCUGCAGCAGUGUGUGGCUCUGGCUUUAGGCUUCACGGCCAUAUGAAGUGGCAUCAGCAGCACCCGCACUCCACCCCCCAAGGAGCAGACGCCAUCAACGACUCACGAUGGAGCCCAGAGAGUGUGCGUGUGCGUGCAUGUAUGUGUUUGUUGAUUUCAGAGAAUGUUUGUAAAAAAUGUCUUGAGAAUAAAUUACGUGUAAAAGGGGAAGAAGCAGAGAUGAUGGCAUGCGAUGGCAGGUUUCCCUCUCCCUCCCACAUCCUUGGAAAGACAAAGUGAGACACUUUAAAUGGCAGCAUGUUGCUCCUGCCUGGCGGGGUGGAACUGGGAUCUCUAAGAUGGAUAUUACUGCACUACUUGGCUCUCUUUUUUAUUUUAAAAAGCUCAGCUAACAUUGGGCGGCAAAAUCAUUUGGAAUUUUCCUGAUGUUUAUCUGCCUUUAAACUGCCGUUAAGGUCCAGGUAUAUUUGCAGGCUGAUUAUUGUGCCGUUUUCAAAUGAGCAGUUAACCUGGACCAAAAGAUACAAGACGCCUUAUCACAAAGCCACAAUAUAUACUUUCUAAACUCCGCUUCAUAAAAAUUCUCUAAAUGUUUACUGUGUCUCAAUGUGGAAGUUAUGUUAUGCUAGUCACCCGAGGUAGCUUCAUCAGCUCCAUGGGUCUUGUUCUCUGUGAGACUAAUUCCACCAAUUGUAUAUUUUGAAUAAAAACAUAUUUAAAGUGGAUUAGUCCACAGCAGACAUUGGACAUCUGUUGCAUUCCAUCCUUUGCUGGAAAGGUGUAUUGUUCCAGAUGCCUGUCCCUCCACCUGUAGCCCCAGACUCCUUCAUUUACCUCAGAAGACCUGUCCUUGGUCAGCUAGAAGCCCUGACACUAUGCCUCUCCUAACUGCUGAUGGAAUAUUGUCUGAAGAUCACACUUUACCUAUGUCAGAAUCAUUCCAUUGUGCUAGUAUUCUUCACUAUGUUCAAAAUCAUCCUUCACCCUAAGUUAACUCAUCCAGAUAUACUCCUAGAAAGGAAUCAGUAUGAGAUCCAAAAGAGGAAAGUCAUUGGAUAUGUGGCCUUAAAGGUCACAUUUUGAACAUAUUACAGAUACUGACACUCAUUUAUAAUGUUUGUCAGAGGUCUGAGGAAUUCAUCAAGUCAGUUGAUUAUAUUUGACCACCAAUGACUGGGUUAAAUUAUUUAUUUUGAACAUGAAAGCAUAAAGUAGAUGCCCAUCAAAGUCAUCAUAUUUUCUACAACUGGAACGGAAUAUUGGCCUGAACACAGAACCAUACAUUUUCUUUGCCGAAUGAAUAUGAAUGUCACAUCAUGUCCUUCAAGCUCAUAAACGGUCAGUCAGAAGGCUAGGUUUGAUGCAUCUGGACUACCCUGGUGGAGUCGGGACCUUCCUCCAUCUCACCAUAUCCUGUUGAUCACUGGAGCCCGGCUGGCGGAGGGUGUGGAGGGAAGAGAUUUACUCACUGGAUCCGGCAUGUUCUGUACCAGUCGAACCCUGAUUCUCCCAGCCCCGCUGGAGGAAGACUGCACUUCAUUAGACUUAAGAGUAUGGGCUCUUGUACAAUAUGUAAACAUUAACACCAAUGUGUUCUGUACCAGGUACAUAAAAUAAGAAUAUAUAUAUAUAUAUACAUUCCUUUUUAAAAGCCAUGUUUUUGUAUAUAGGAUAGCAUUACAGUGUUUAUGUUUUGUUGACAAUUACGACUGUCAUCUACACGUAAUGAUUUUGAAUAUAUUUUAUUUGCCCAAGCAAUAUGUUCUAUUCUUUUAAAUUAAAGUCAGUAAGAUGUUUUUUUACUUAUUGUUAGUUAUACCUCUGAAAUGUGAUGUUUAAUUGAUUGAUGUUUAGUGUGAUGAAACAUCAAUUAAAUUGAUUAAAUCAUCCGUUUCGCUGUGAACCCAGAAAGUAAAUUUUGCAAUUGCUUUUCCUGACCAUGGAAGGCUUUAUAUUUGCAAUGAUAUGAUAAAAUGUUGCUAUGAUAUUGUAAUGGGUGAUCUGUUCAAGCUGAAAGUGAGACUGGCUGAAGAUUUUUUUGAAAAUUCCACUUUUUCCUGUUUCCAUUUCCAAUUAAAACUGCACCCAUUUUGGCUUUGAUAUACUCACUUGAUGAAAUUGAGAAAACUUUUAGGAGGAGUACACAAAAAGUGUCAACAAUUGUUUGUAUUUUUAAAGAGUGAGCUCACAUGUCAUAUAGCUGCUGAUGAUGUAAGUAUGUAUGAAAUGCAAGCCUUACAAAGCAACUGAUUUAGAUUUAACCUUUUUUGAACAGAUGAGGCUCGAUUACACAUUUUCAUCAAGCUUUUAUUUAGAAGUCACUGCAGUAUGAACUUGCAUACUGAGUAUUUUUCUGAGUGAAAUUCAACCGAUUGUAGCCCCUAGCUCUAAAUUCCCAAUACAUGGAUGUUCACCAGGUCUUUUUAGCCCUGUUGUAUUUAUGCCAUUAAGACAUUAUUUCCCUCUGUGAUGAUUUAUAAAUAAUAAUUAUUGCAAUGAGGUUUGCCAUGAAGAAUGUUUUCUUAUUGGUUGCCCUUCCCCAAUGUUUAGCAGAAUUGUUCUGCUACUUAUUAACACUGAUUAGAUGUUGAUGCAGAGUUUAGUGAGUUUAUCUCUGUCAGUGAUCGCGCGAUCGUGCACCUCUCCACAGGAAAGUCAAACACAUGGAGCACAAAUUAAAACAAGCCGUGGGUGUCGCAACUUGUUUAAAACCAUAAUCAAAUAAUUAUUUUGCCACAUUAUUUCUUUACCCUGCAAUUCUCAAAUUCUGUCAUUUUAUUUGAAACAUUUAAUGAGACCUACUUUCAUGCACUUGUUUCUCUAACAUUAAAGGCUGGUUUUGGUUUACAACAUGCAGCUAUAAUUUUUUUUUUUUUUUUUUAAUGACCCAGAAGCCCAGCAUUCAAACAUGAAUUAUUUCCAGGAGAGCAAUUCCGUAUGACGUCAUGUGUUGUACUUUGUUUUGUGGACGCGUCACUGAAAUGUGAAUAGGAAGUAUUUGGUCUAUGUUUUACUGGCCUGUGUAAAGUCACUGUUCUGUGAAACAUACAAAACAAAACAGGCUAUGUUGCACCUGAAUUCCUGGUAUAGAAAUGCUUACUGGUUUAUAUAUAUAUGUAUGUAGUAUAUAUAAAUAAAAUGUCUGAUUAAUGCACUCUUUAUAUUUCAAUAUAGAUGCCUGUCUAUAUCUUUGACAAAAUACUUGAGAAUUUGUUUUGUGAAGGAAAUAUGUUUUACAGUUCCCUGUGCAAAGGACCAAUAAAAUGACUGAUGCUCUUUAAUAAAAAUGGCAACCAUU